CAAGGAAAAAACUCCGUCUUAAACCCUAACUUGCAGGGUUUUCCUGCCCUCUCCUCCGCCCCUCUCCUCUUCCUCAACCCGAACAACGAAUCAAGGCAUCUCACCCAGUAAUCCUGCAGGAAACAACAAGAACAACAACAAAUCGAAGUCUUAAAAUCGAAAUUGGAUUUUGUUUUUUAAAGAAGAGACGCGAUGAGGUUGGAGAAGUGUUGGUUCUGCUCCUCCACGGUAUACCCAGGACACGGUAUCCAGUUUGUCCGCAACGAUGCUAAGAUUUUUCGAUUUUGCAGAUCCAAGUGCCACAAGAACUUCAAAAUGAAGAGGAACCCUCGCAAAGUAAAAUGGACCAAGGCCUAUAGAAGAUUGCAUGGAAAGGACAUGACCCAGGAUUCGACCUUCGAGUUUGAGAGAAAGCGAAAUAGGCCUGAGAGAUACGACCGGAAUCUUGCUGAGAAUACUCUGAAGGCCAUUAAGAAAAUUGAUAAGGUCAGAUCUGACCGGGCAGCAAACCACAUAGAGAAGAGGUUGAAGGUCAGGAAAGGCAAGGAGCGGAGGGAGGCACAAAAAGAAUUGGAGCAGUCUAUUCACCUGGUCAAGGCUCCUCAAGUGCUUCGACAAGAUCAAUCUCUCACGUUACCCAAGAUCAAAGUCCAGGUUUCCCAACCAAAAAGCGAGCAAAAUCAGGCAAUGGAAGAGUGAUUUUAUCAGCCAGUUAUUUGGUUGUAUUUUUGCACUAUUCUCUGCAUUUCUCUAUCCUUUUUUUUUUCCUUUUACUUCUCGAGAAAUCCUGGUUAAGUCGUUCUUCAGCAUUUCUGCUGAUGCAUUCAUUUGUUGUUAAGGUCGCUUAUGGAGGGGUAGGAAUUGUGCUCAGUUUUCAUUUCUUUUCUAUGACAGUCAAGUAUCACUGAAAAUUGUACUCCAGCUAUAUCGAGUCUUUGCAUGUUUUAGCUAUUA